AUGCACUCGGUGAAAAUGGUAACAACACGACCAUCCCCCCAUCACUGGCUGAUGCUGCGUAGAAAGCUGCAUGUAAAUGUAUUUGAAAAAGCCGUACAAGCCCGGGGGCUAUACGACUUUGAUGGGGAUACAGAUAAUGGAGAGCUGACGUUCGGAGCUGGGGAGACUCUCACUAUUGUAGCGCAGGAUAUAGGAGAGGGUUGGUGGGAAGCUAAGAAUGAAUCUGGACAGCAAGGACUCAUUCCAGAGUCUUAUGUACAGCUGUUGGAGCCCCCCGAACCCUCUUUUCCUCCACCCCCACCCCCUUCAGCGCCCAAUGAUGACUGGAAUACGCCACAAGGAGGGGGUGGUAAUUGGAACAGCCAUACCACGGACAGCUGGGACCACCAACCCCCUGCCCCAGACUACACAAACCACAACAGUGGCUACAACAAUCAAGGGUUCCAUGCAGGAGGGAUACAGCAACAGGCCAGUGAGGAAACAUGGGACGAUGACUGGGAUGAUGAUAAUGAAGAUAACUCAUCUAACAGUACCACCAACACAAGCCAGCCAACUGAGACCAAGCCUGAGGGUCAGGGCACAGCACCGACAGAACAGGAUCAACUACCAGGUUCUGGAAAUUUUGGAUUAUCUGCCCCUAAAAGAGAAAGAAAACAAUUGUCUCCAAAUUCAGAUGUGUCCAAGUAUGGCACAGUCAAGAAAAGUUUUAACAGAUUUUCAACCUUUGCCAAGACGGGAGGUGAUGCCUUUUUGAUGGGAACGGUAUCAGCCAAUGUGUCAGAGAGUGAUCUCAUCAAAAUCAUAGAUACAGUGGAGGGUCCAGCAUGGAACUACCCCUCACAGCCAUACACAUGUUCAGUCAAAUCCCCUAAAAAGGAGAGCAAGCUAAAGGGACUGAAGAGUUAUAUAGCCUAUCAGCUCACACCUUCUUUCAGUAACAUCCAGGUCAGUCGAAGAUACAAACAUUUCGACUGGUUACAUGAGCGUCUGGAAGCAAAGUUCUCCUGUGUUCCUAUUUCCCCCUUACCAGACAAAGCCAUUUCAGUAAGCUUUGGCACCAUUUCCACUCAGGGGGUAAAAGGAGGUCGAUAUGAGGAUGAUUUUGUGUCUGAGCGGAUGAGACAGCUACAGCUGUGGGUUGAUAGAAUUGUCCGACACCCUGUCAUCUCCCAAUCAGAGGUCUUCAAUCACUUUCUCACCUGUACAGACGAAAAGAAAUGGAAGGCUGGUAAAAGGAAAGCAGAGAAAGAUGAAUACCAGGGAGGGAAGUUCUUCCUGACCCUACAGACCCCACCCUCCUCUUUAGACAUGAGGGACGUGGAGAAAAGAAUGGAAAUAUUUUGUAAAUUUGUGAAAAAUAUGGAUGACAACGUCCGGAACAUGUUGCAAAUAGGCUAUGACAGUAGGAAGAAACAUUUGGGCCCUUACAAAAGAGAAUUCCAAAAAAUUGGUGGGGCAUUUAAACAAUUGGCUGAGACAUUUAACUUGGAUUCCGGAUCACGUUCACAGCAUUUAACAGGAGCAAUUGAUUACACAGGUGAUACAUACAAUGAAAUUGGAGAGAUGUAUGAAAAGCAGCCUAGAGAGGACUUGGACCAUAUGAUAGAAGUGUUGUUUGAGUACAAAGGAAUGCUGUCAACGUACCCGGAUGUUCUUAAAUUGCAUGAGGGAGCUGUUGGUAAGGCCAAGGAAUGUGAGCGACUGAAGGACGAGGGAAGGAUGCCCGAGUCAGACGUCACCUCGGUGAUACAGCGAGCUGAUGUUAUAUCUUACGGAACUCUAGCUGAAAUGAAUCAUUUCCAGAUGGAAAGAGUCACAGACUACAAAGAAAUGAUGCAGAAAUUUUUAACAGGACAAAUCAAAUUCUACAGAGAGAUUACCCAGAAAUUAGAAUCAGCACUUCAGAAAUAUGAUGAUGCAUAGCAGUGACAUCUAUUUCAUUUUUAUAAAAUCACCAUGAAGACAAAGCCACACAGCUGGCUGUGGCAGCACUCUUCUGUUAAAACUCUUAGCUGAUUCAGAAUUGCUUGUGCAAUCAACCAACCAAGGCAUCUUAUACGAUUACCUCUGUGUGUUGUAUGGAGUGGACUUCGUAUGGACAGAGAAUGGCUAUUAUAUAUGUAUCAUGCAUGCACGUACAUUCCGAUACCAAUUGUAGUCUAAAGAGCUAGUGACAUGAGAAAUUUUAUGACACAAACAAUGUUAUGUAAAAACUGCUGUUUAUAUUGCUUAUAUUUAGUACAAAUGUGUUUAAGAAAGAGUAUUUAAAUAAUGUACAUGUAUAUUCAUUUCUAAAUUUUCCGCCUUGAGCAGUAUUAUUGCAGGUAUAUUGUUCUUAGUACAUGUAUCAUGAAGUGCUUUUACUGUGUGAUAAUGAGAAUUAUUGUUGCAAGGUACUGGGUUCAUUGAGAGCUGCAUGAAAUAUACCAAAUUUUUUUUACAGUCUUUGGCCUGUUUUAGUACAAGAAAUGGGAAAGUGAGACAAACAGUCCAAUUCUUUGAAUACUUGUACUCUUACAAGUUAAUUUCAAAUUAAUUUAGAUAUGGUAAUCAUGGUUGAAAGGAAUGAGAGUGGGGCUUUUCUGGUAUUGAGAGAAUUCUGUAUAGCAAGUUGCUAAUAUUUGUGUAAGAUUUAUGUAUAAAUUAAACCCACGCAUUUCCUUACAUUUCUUGAUUGGACCUUUUGUAACAGCAGCUUAGUGCCUAUGUAUACAUGUACAUGCAUCAUAAAUAGCAUUGGUUUUAUGUUUACUUAAUUAGUAAGCAAUUUUUAAGAAACCCUGUAAUUCUUAAGAUUUAUCCAAAUUUUAUAUACCAUCUAAUUAGCUAGAGAUAACCAAAAUCUGUGAGUUUGUACUUGUUAGAAUUUUUAGAGUCUGUGAAUGUGUAUGCUUGUACAUGACGGAGUCUGUGAAUGUGUACGCUUGUACAUGACGGAGUCUGUGAAUGUGUACGCUUGUACAUGACGGAGUCUGUGAAUGUGUACGCUUGUACAUGACGGAGUCUGUGAAUGUGUACGCUUGUACAUGAUGGAGUCUGUGAAUGUGUACGCUUGUACAUGAUGGAGUCUGUGAAUGUGUACGCUUGUACAUGACAGAGUCUGUGAAUGUGUACGCUUGUACAUGACGGAGUCUGUGAAUGUGUACACUUUAGAAUCUUUCUUUGUACAUGUGAGGUAGUUGACUGAGUUAUAAUUACUCUUGUUAAAACAUGCACACAUUCAUAUGUGCCAUCUUUCAUCCUCAAGGGGAAAACUUGUAUAAAAGGAAGUAUGGAAGCAUAGGUAUAGAUUGCACUCAUUGAGAAGUUGAUAGCAAAAGAGCUGUUUUCAUUGGAUAAAAUAUAUAAAUGGAUUAAAUGAAUAAUAAAUAAAUCUAUGAUUAGUCAUUCUUAAAUCCUUAUUCUUACUGUAAUCGUUUUUCUUAUUGACAAUUAGAUUACAUUUUGAUUUGCCAAAAUUAUCAAUAAAAUUAUUACAGUGUUUUGAUGAGAAACAGCCAUGAUUUGAUGGGGGCUAAAAAAAAAAGUAAAUGCUCUGUGGUACUUUUACCAGUCACUUUUUUAAUAGGGGUUUUAUUUCGAGGCUGAUAAAAAAAAUUGCUUCAUACAUAAAGACAGAAAUACAAUGUAUUUUUAUUUGGUUGGUGUAUAUUGAUUGAUGUGGUCCCAAGAGCAAAAAAGCCAUUAUAUAUACAGUAGGUGUUAUGGAAAAAUGAGUUUUUUAAAAGAGCAUUUUACUUUCAAUUGAUUUGCAUGUCCUAGUCAUCAAAAGCUGUAAUAUUCUAGUUAUUGCAACAGUUUUUUCAUCAUUUUGAAAGUUGCCAUUUAAACUUGAAUAUUGUAUAUGUAUAUACCACACUGUACUUUUGAUAAUAUUUACAUAUACCUGUAUUUCAUAUUGCUAGGUAUUAUCAUUUUAAAUUAUAACCAGUACAUCAAAAUGGGAAUUUCUAUACUUUUUUUUUUAUUAUGCCAGUGUUAUUUAAAAGCCUUAUUAACAUAUUCUUCAUGAAUAACCAUUAUUUUAAGUAAUGCAAUGAUAAAUGCGUGCAGUGUUUAAGAGUUUGUGCAUCUGACAUUUUGUAAACUUCACAUGAUGAGUGAAAGAAAUUGUGCAGUGAAAUGGACAUAAAGUGAACAAGUGUUAUGUUUCAAAAUCAACCCAAUAGGAAUUCAGAGAUAAAUUACCCAACAGGACAGUGACAGGAACGGUGUGUUAUAAGCCACUUAUGUCUACAAACUGUUCCCCAUGGCUUUGAUCAUUUCUAGUUGAUUUAUUCUUAAAUUAUUUCUCUGUACACCAAGAUUAGAUUUGCUAACCAUUCUUGUAUAGGAUGACAAAUGAUGUUUCCAGGUAUAAGUAGAAAGAACCCCCCAACUUAGUCUCAGGGUAUACUUGAUGUUGUCUGUAGUUACACAUCAUACAGUUAAGGAGCUUUGUUUAUGUAGACAUUGUUAUGACAGAUUUGUUUAUUUACAAUAAUACGAAACAGGAUAUAUAUUGCAUUCUUUGAAUCAAGUGUCCGAUGAAGGAGACCUAUUUUCCAACAGUCUUUCUACUGGUAGAACAAGUUUCUGUAGUUUAGAGAGGCUGUAUAUAUAUCAUCUCAUUGAUUAUGUUAAUGGUUGUAUGUGAUAGAGAUUUUAUUUGAUGUGUUUUAAUGUGAUAAACUGUUUACAUCCUAUUCUUACCUUUAUUCAUCUAGAGAAAUCAUUUUGCAAAUUUAAAAUGGCAUGCAAUGUUUUGAACUGCAAUGCAUCUUUUUGAUUAGUUCUGUUAAAUAGGUUACAGUGUAUAUAUUUCAAUUGAGUCAUUAGGUUCAUUGUGUUUAAUCAUUUCAUGAAUAUGAAAUGAUCCUGGAAGCUAAAAAUAACAUACAUUUACAAUGAUGAAGUUAUAGUAUAGAAGUAUUGUAUUCAGGGUUUUGUUUAUUCACAAGCUUAUCAUCAAACUUUUCUGACUGCAGGCAACUUUAAUCCACUCUCUUGUGCUGAUGAUGAAACAUAGUUAAUAGUAUGUCGUUUUAAAUCGUCAGUUUUAAAUGUCCAUGGCUGUGAACUGCAGUUUCAUUGUAAUAAGAGGAAUUAAUGUUUUUCCAUGUCACAUUUAUAAACUUAAUUAACAUAGUGUUAAUAUCUUAGUUGGAAUGAUUUGUGCAAUAUUUUGAUGAAUAGUGAACAAACUUGUAACAAUGCUUAAUAUUAUAGUAUAUAUACCAUGUAUUGGAAAUAACAUAUUCAUUGUUUAUUAACUUCAGUCUGUUUUAAAGUGUACCACUAUAUCAGUUUCCAUCUUUAAACUGUUGUAGCCAACUUUACAUUGUAUUAGGCCCUACUGCAUUCAUUUGCUGACUUGGUUAUUUAUUUGAAUAAAGAUCAAACUAUUA